AUUAUCAUUAUACUAAGGUAAUUUGAACAAUCUUUUAAAGUAGAAGGUUAAAAAUAACUUUAUGUGUAUGUUUUCAAUCACAAAAAGGAAUACAUUGAAUUACAACAUUUACUGACCGCUUAUGUGACCCCAUGGCACAGUGGAAAUAUGUUUUAUACACUCACGUUAAUUUAUUAAUAUAAAGAUGACAGAAUAUUAAAGAAAAAAGAAUGAAAUGGACAAUGAACAAUAGUACAAUAGUAUAAGAAAAUAUUUUAAAAUAUUUAAAUGUAUGGACUAAUUAGUCCGUAAAAUAAUACGAUUAGUUUUAAAAUUCUCUACCUUUUUGCAUUGUGAAAAAAUGGAGAACACGGAAUAUAUAGUAAAGACUGUGAUUUAUGCAGGAACAAAAACCAUUAAUUUUGUACCUGGAACCAAAGUUGUAUUUCAUUUUAAAACAACAAAAUGUGAUCCAGAGAAAACAGUGAUAGAUGAUAGCAAAACUAUGGGAAGACCAAUGGAAUUGGUCCUGGGCAAAAAAUUCAAACUAGAAGUUUGGGAAGUUAUUGUUCAAAAAAUGGCAUUAAAUGAAGUGGCAUGCUUUAGAAUUAAUAAAAGCCUAGUUACAGCAUACCCUUUUGUGUCUAAAACUCUAAGAGAAGUUGGAAUACCACAAUCAGAAAAACGUAGUCAUCAUUGUUGUGGUGUAACUUUGCAAAAUGAAGGAAUUGGAUAUGAUGAUUUGAAUGAACUUAUUAAAUAUCCUCAAGAUUUAGAAUUUACAAUUGAUAAAUAAAAAAAAAUUGCAAAAAUGAAGCUAGUAGGAAAAAAUAUUGACAAAGAUGGAGAAGGGAGUGUAUCCCUUGUCCCUGAGAAUACUGAAGAUAUGUGGCAUGCAUAUAAUGUUAUUAGUGAAGGUGAUUUUGUUAGUUGUUCUACUAUAAGGAAGGUGCAAACAGAAUCUGCAACUGGAAGUUCUAAUAGCUAUAGAGUUAGAACUACCCUUACUAUAUGUGUAGAAGGGAUUGAUUUUGAUACACAGGCAUGUGUUUUAAGAUUAAAAGGUAGAAAUGUAGAAGAAAAUAAAUAUGUUAAGACAGGAGCAUAUCACACACUGGAUGUUGAACAGAACAGAAAAUUUACAAUUACUAAAGCAAAAUGGGAUUCUAUUUCUUUAGAAAGAGUUGAUACAGCAUGUGAUCCUACACAGAAUGCAGAUGUUGCUGCUGUGGUAAUGCAAGAGGGUAUAGCACAUAUUUGUUUAAUAACUUCUAAUAUGACAAUAGUCCGUGCAAAAAUAGAUCAAGUAAUUCCUAGAAAAAGAAAAGGAAAUGUUUCACAGCAUGAAAAGGGUUUAACACGAUUUUAUGAAAGUGUUAUGCAAGGAAUCUUGAGACACAUCAAUUUUGAUAUUGUGAAGUGCGUUAUUCUUGCUAGUCCCGGAUUCGUUAAAGAUCAGUAUAUGGAUUAUAUGGUACAGCAAGCCGUUCAAUCAGAUAACAAAAUAAUACUCGAAAAUAAAAGCAAGUUUCUGCUUGUACAUUCUAGUUCUGGUUUCAAACAUUCAUUGAAAGAAAUUCUGGCUGAUCCUGCGGUUGUUUCCCGGAUUUCUGAAACAAAAGCAGCAAGUGAAGUAAAAGCUCUAGAAACAUUUUUCACGAUAUUACAGACUGAUCCUCCCAGAGCUUUUUAUGGGAAAAAGCAUAUUCAGAAAGCCAAUGAAGCUCAAGCUAUUGAAACCUUACUCAUCUCAGAUAAAUUAUUUAGAUGUCAAGAUGUCGCUACAAGAAAAGAAUAUGUUGAAAUAGUCGAAAAUGUGAGAGAAUCUGGCGGGGAAGUGAAGAUUUUUUCAAGCUUACACGUAUCCGGUGAACAGUUAGAUCAAAUUACUGGAAUAGCAGCUAUACUACGUUUUCCUAUGCCGGAAUUAGAAGAUGAAAGCGAUGGAGAAAGCGAUGUAGAGAGCGAUGAUUAAAAACGCGAUAUUAAUACUUUAACGUACAACUUUGUAUAUACUUGUGCUGUGCGCAAUCAAAAAUAUAUUAAUAACGAAAUUGAAAA